CAGCCACAGCUAUAAAAGCGAUUUAUAAACAAAGCUAGGGUUUUACCGUCCUUGGCAUAGAGUUUUAGAAACAGAGAGUUUUAGAGAGAGAAAGUGAGAAGAUGCCGGCUGGCCAUGGACUCCGAUCUAGGACUAGAGACUCGUUCUCUAGGGGCUUUCGCAAGAAGGGUACCAUACAUCUCACUACAUACCUGAGGACCUACCACACCGGAGACUAUGUCGAUAUCAAGGUAAAUGGUGCCAUUCACAAGGGUAUGCCCCACAAGUUCUACCAUGGACGCACUGGCCAGGUCUGGAACGUCACCAAGCGUGCCAUCGGCGUCGAAGUUAACAAGCAGGUCGGAAACAGGAUAAUCAAGAAGAGGAUUCACGUCCGUGUGGAGCACGUGCAGCCCUCUAGGUGCACUGAGGAAUUUAAAUUAAGGAAGAAGAAGAAUGAUCAACUGAAGGCAGAGGCAAAGGCAAAAGGUGAGGUCAUUAGCACAAAGAGGCAGCCAGAGGGCCCUAAACCAGGUUUCAUGGUUGAAGGGCACAUCUUGGAAACUGUUACUCCAAUCCCCUAUGAUGUCGUCAAUGAUCUCAAGGGUGGAUACUAGAUUAACUUGUUCUGGGUUUCUUUUUUGCUUUAUGGGUUGUUGGACAUCUGAAGUGAUUUGAUCUAGCAUAUUUAUAUGAAUGUUUUCUUCUCUGCUCGUUGCUGAGCUUAUGUUCCAAGAUAUUAUUAGCUAAGGACACAGUUUGCUCAAAUUUUGUGUUAAAUGAAGAGUUAUUUUCUUUUGAAA